AUGGCUUCCACUGACUGGACCCGGUCCGCCCCCUGGAUCUGGUUGCCUCGUUAUCUCGAGGAGGACAAUCGCCCCGGCCGAUUAUUUCUGUUCCGCAAGACCUUCCAAUGGAGUCAAUCUCACACACAGCCUGUUCCUGUGCACGUCUCCGCCGACAGUCGAUACCGCCUCUUCGUCAAUGGCUACCGCGUCAGCUUUGGACCUUGUAAAUCCUACCCGGGAAAGUGGUACUAUGAGACCGUGGAUAUCCAACCGUACCUGGUCGAGGGCGACAAUGUGGUCAGCGCCCGGGUGUUGCGAUACUCGUCCAUCCAUCCAGGCUCCUUGUCCAUUGUGAGCAUGCCGCUGCCAGGCUUCAUGUUGUUCACCUCUCAUCCCGACCUAGUCAUAUCCACCGAUACCACGUGGAGAUGCGUUGAACAGCAGUCCGCCCAAAUCAUUCCGCAGACCGAAUGGAACUACAUCCUGGGCCCGCCAUUGCUGACCAACAACGAGCGGGUCACAGAGGACGCGACACUCACCGGCUGGCAAACGUCUGGAUUCGAUGACUCCGCCUGGGAAUAUGCCGUGCCCCAAUCCAAUGCGGUCAAGAUGCUCCCUGUGGACAGCCUGUGGAAAUUGAGCCCACGGCCCAUCCCUGCCUUGCCAGAAACGGCGGGCCGGUUCGAUGGCAUAGUCAAGACCAUCGGUCCUGUCACAGCAGACCAGUGGAGAACAUUGAUCCGUGAGGAUCAGGCUGUCAUCAUUCCAGAGGAUGAGCGGGUCGUCGUGGACCUCAGCGUGGAUGCGCUCAUGACAGCGUUUAUCAGCUUCAGCUUCAGUGGAGGAGCCGGAGCCAAGAUCACUAUUCUGUAUUCUGAAUGCUACGAGAAGGACCUUGGGGUUGACACAGCCCCAUUUCCAAUGCCUAGAACCAAAUCAAACCGGUCUGAUCCUACCGGCCGUCUGUACGGAUCACAGGACUUUUACACUGUUUCAGCCGGCCAACAAUCCCACUUUUUUGAACCGUUCUGGUUCCGAUGCUUCCGCUACGUGCAGCUGAAAAUCUCUACCGGCACCGAACCGUUGACUCUGCCUGCUAUAUCCCUGCGAGAGACAUACUACCCCUUGGAGAUCACAACCAAGCUGGAAGCCGGAGCAGAACUCAACCAGAUCUGGGACAUCAGUCUUCGCACGCUGCGGAACUGCCGCCACGAGACCUACGAAGACUGUCCGUUCUACGAGCAGAACCAGUUUGCGUCGGAUUCGCGACUGCAGCUGCUCUUCACUUACCAGCUGUCGCCAGAUGACCGCCUGGCCCGCAAGACCCUCGAGGAAUUCCAUGCCAGCCGGACGCCUGAUGGUCUGAUUGUAGCCCAGUAUCCUACCGGCCACCCGACCAAGCAGAUCCCGCAGUUCUCGUUGUUCUGGAUUCUCAUGGUGCACGACCACAUGAUGUACUUUGCGGAUCGAUCGAUUGUCCGAAAGUAUUUAAGCACCGUGGACAGUAUUAUCCAACACUUCGAGGAACGCCUCGACGAUCGGGGUCUCAUCGGCCAGUUUGACCCGGAUACCUGGCCAUUUGUUGACUGGGUCAAGGAGUGGUUUGUCCCCGGCCAGAUCUCCAAGUCUUGCAUGCCCCCAGCCUACCAUACCUCCAGGGCUGCAACGGUCAACAGUCUCCUCUACGCUUAUGCACUCAUGCAUGCCGCCGAUCUAUGUGACUUUGUCGGUCGGAAGAGCACGGCCGGGGAAUACCGGGUGCGCGUCCAGACCAUCCAGAGCGCCGUGAAUGAGCACUGUGCAUCCGACAGUCUGUACCUGGAUGGACCCGGCGUGGAGCAGUACAGUCAACACACGCAAAUCUUCGCCAUCCUGUCCGAGACGGUAAAAGGGGAAGCAGCAACACAACUCAUGAGACGAACCGUCGAAGACCCAUCCCUGGCCCAAUGUUCUUACGCCAUGAAAUUCUACGUAUUCCGGGCGGCGGAAAAGGCCGGGCUAUACGGCGAGCUGUUUCACCAGCUGCUGAAUCCGUGGCGAACCAUGAUAGCCAACAACCUGACAACCUGGGCAGAGGACGAGGUCAAUGCGCGCAGCGACUGCCACGGAUGGAGUGCCAGUCCGGUCAACGAGAUCGUCACGCAGAUCUUCGGGGUGAAGCCAGCCGAGCCGGGCUUUGCGCGGGUUCGCAUCGAGCCCCGGCGGGAGGUGGUCGAGGCGGCCGAGGGGGUUUUGUAUACGCCUCGGGGGGAUGUUAGGAUUCAGUGGACACCUGGAGGGGAGGUUACUGUUGAGUCGACGGGGGAGAUUGCCGCGGAGGUGGUUGCUGGUGGCAGUUGUUCGGAUUGUGUGCUUCUUCCUGGACAGCCGGUGGUGUUUGACUCAGCUUAG